UAAUACGCGAAAGACUCUUAUACUCCGGAGCUGCUGCCUGUCUCGCUCCGCGCUCGAAUCUCGGAGUUCAGCGCGGUCAGUCCCUACUGGCUCGUCGUCGUGGUUACAGUCUCGCGUGCACAGUACAAGUGCGGUGGUGUGGUGAUAGUGCGGAGAGAGAGAGAGAGAGAGAGAGAGAGAAAGAUUGAGACACAACUCGCGUGUUGGUGUUAUUAUGCGUACCGAGAGUAGAGUCGUUGUUUAUACAUAAAUCGUCAGUUUAUGUAUAGAUAGAAAAUUAAUAUUGCAAACGUCUCUCGCUGCAGUUGAUUCAACUUACAUAGUUGGCUCGUUUUCGCGCGCUCGGCGCGGCCUCACGACAAUAUAUAAUCAUCGAAAAAUAUAUAAACGUGGUGUGGCCAAAAGGGUGCGACGAGUGUUUUGUUGUUAUUGUUGUUAUAUAUAUAUUUGUUUUUGUUUGUUGUCGCUCGUCGACGGUGCGUGAAGCGUGUGUAUAUAGUUCGUAGUGUGCGCGCGCGUGUGUGUGUACUGGUGCCGAAAUAAUCCAUUGAGCAAAGCACGAAUUUUUAUUAUUUACUAUACGUAUGCAUAGCAAGCAGCAACAACUACACGCGCUGUAAAUCGUUGUAAAUCGACGACGUACGCGUGGAAUGCACAUAAUAUAUGUAUAGGAGGAUACGUACAUAUACAUAUUAUAUACAUAUACGUGUAAUUGAGGAAAAGAGCUCUGCAGCUGCACACGGAGAGUAAUAUCUAUCGAGGGAUACGUAUUAUUUCUGUACACAUCGAUAUAUGUAUACGCGAGCGCGAGUGCAGGAUACAUAAGUAUAAGUUCUGGUGCUCUGCUGCUGCUGCUCGUAAAGGAUAUAUACACACACGCAUACGUGCACUCACACACGUACGCUCGCAAUCCGUCAAGGAUACGUAUAAAAGUGCUGCUGCUGCUGCUACUUUAGCAAAAGGGGAGGCGCCUAGGAGAUUCUAUACAUAAGCUGCCGCUGCGAAAUUUCCGAACAAUAUUUUUAUUACCGAGGGCAUGACUACUGGCAAUGUAAUAUACACCAAAAGGCUGACGGUUAUGAUCCGAUCGAUACACACACGCCGCCGACUUACGAGCCAAAAAUUGUUGUAAUGACAGAGAAGACUGUCGGAUCGCGCUCAAGUCCCCGCUCAAGAAAGGCCGCUGCUUCUUCGACGGCCGCCUCGACGUCGUCGUCCAGGAAGGCUGCUGCCCGUCUUCUUUUAAUUUAACUCCUCCCUCGUCCUUAUCCCCUUGAACCCGUACUCUCGCGCGCACGACCCACCACGCAAUCUCCAUUAUCAUGGAUCAUCGCAAGCAGAUGGUCUCGCCCGAGGUGGCGAUGGCCAGCGACGCCUUCGACCAGUUCUGCAGCGCCACCACCCUCAAAUCGAUCCUCGGCCACUUUCGCCACCUCUGCGACCUGCUCAAGAUCAAGCCCACGAACUUUGGCCAGUUCUACCCGAAGCUCAAGUCCAAGCUGCGCUCGUGGAAGGCCCAGGCGCUCUGGAAGAAGUUCGACCAGCGCGCCAAUCACAAGUGCUACAAUCGCGGCAAGGCCUGCCCGGGCACGCGAGUCCUCAUAAUCGGCGGCGGGCCCUGCGGCAUGCGCACCGCCAUCGAGGCUCAGCUUCUGGGCGCCAAAGUCGUCGUGGUGGAGAAGCGCGAUCGCAUGUCGCGCAACAACGUCCUGCACCUCUGGCCCUUCGUCAUUCAGGAUCUGCGCAGCCUGGGCGCCAAGAAGUUCUUCGGUAAAUUUUGCGCCGGCUCGAUCGACCACAUCAGCAUCAGGCAGCUGCAGUGCAUCCUGCUCAAGGUGGCGCUCAUACUCGGCGUCGAGUUUCACGAGAGCGUGAGUUUCGAGGCGCUGGUGCCGCCCCCCGAGGACCAGGAGGGCGGCAAGAUCGGCUGGCGCGCCAAGACCGAGCCCGCCGAUCAUCCCGUCUCGCAGUACGAGUUCGACGUGCUGAUCGGAGCCGACGGCAAGCGCAACACCCUCGAGGGCUUCAAGCGCAAGGAGUUCCGCGGCAAGCUCGCCAUCGCCAUCACGGCCAACUUCAUCAACAAGCGCACCGAGGCCGAGGCCCGCGUCGAGGAGAUCAGCGGCGUAGCCUUCAUCUUCAAUCAGAAGUUCUUCAAGGAGCUCUACUCCGAGACGGGCAUCGAUCUCGAGAACAUCGUCUACUACAAGGACGACACGCACUACUUCGUCAUGACGGCGAAGAAGCACAGCCUCAUCGACAAGGGCGUGAUCAUGCAGGACCAUCCGGACACGGCCAAGCUCCUGGCCAAGGAGAACGUCGACCGAGAGGCCCUGAUGGAGUACGCCCGCGAGGCCGCCGAGUUCUCCACCGAGUACCAGAUGAUGGACAUGGAGUUCGCCGUGAAUCACUACGGCCAGCCGGACGUGGCCAUGUUCGACUUCACCUCGAUGUACGCGGCGGAGAACGCGAGCCGCGUGAUCGAGCGCCGAGGCCAUCGACUCCUCAUGAUCCUCGUCGGCGACAGUCUCCUCGAGCCGUUCUGGCCCACGGGCUCGGGCUGCGCUCGCGGCUUCCUCAGCUCCCUGGACGCCGGUUGGGUCGUCAAGGGCUGGGGCGCCGGCCUCACGCCCCUCGAGGUCAUCGCCGAGCGCGAGUCCAUCUACAGGCUGCUGAACCAGACGACGCCGGAGAAUCUGAAUCGGGACUAUGCGGCCUACACGAUCGAUCCGCACACGCGAUAUCCCAAUCUCAACGUGCACUGCGUGACGACGGCGCAGGUGCGCAGCCUCCUCGACACCGACGACCCGGCGACGUUCAAUUUGGCGCCCGUCGCCUCCACGACGACCGUCGAUCUGCCCAAGAAGCGGCGCAGGCGCGACUCGCAGGUGCACCCGGACACGCUGCUGCACUGGCUCCAGCGACAGGUGGCCCUGUACGACGGCGUGCGCAUACACGACAUGGGUGUGUCGUUCAAGAGCGGUCUGGCUCUGGCGGCGAUCGUCAAUCGCUACAGGCCGGAUCUGCUCGAUUUUCACGCCUUGAAGAAGGACGAUCAGGUGGCCAACAAUCAGCUGGUCUUCGACGUGCUGGAGAAGGAGCUGGGCAUCACGUCGAUCAUGACCGGCGAGGAGAUGGUCCAGUGCGACGUGCCCGACAAGCUCACCAUGUUCUCGUAUCUGACACAGAUCUACGAGGCGUUUCGUGGCGAGAUCCCACACAUCAAGCAUCCUAAAUUGGAGCCUGAGGCCGACGACAGGCCUACGUACCACCACCAGAAGAAACUGAACGAGCUCACCCCCGAGCAGAAGGCCCAGAUACUCGGCCGGAUAGCCAAGAGCGAGGGCUCGACGAGAACGACGAGACGCUCGCGCCACUCCAACGAGAAUCUGCUGCUGAGCACGAGCGAGAAGAAGUCCGACUCGAUUUCGCGCAGACACGCCCGCAAGCGUCGCAGCAACGAAAAGAUGGGCGCAACCGUGGAGGAACGCAUGCAGCGUCUUAUGGACAUCGAGACGAAUCGAAUCGAGCGCAUGUUGCGCCGCCAGCAGCAGCGCAAGAGGCAGACCGAGCAAUUCUACAAGAGCUUGCGCAUGCUGCAGGCCAACGCCAAGCGCGACAAAGACGAGCCCUUCGAGGAUUACUCGAUAUUUCUCUAUCGGCAGACCGCGCCAGAUUUCAAGGACCGCGUCAAGUGCCUGGAGCAGAAGAUUUUGUAUCCAGAUCGAGAGGCCAAACUGCACGCCGGUCAUCAUCGUGGCAGCGUCGACGAGGACUUCUCCGGUAGAAUAAAAAAUAUCGAGGAGAAACUCAAAGGAACUGUCGCCACGGAUAAGAAACCCAAAGACUUGUUAAGAGCUAUCGGUAAAAUCGAAAAGACAGACUGGAAUGUGAAGGAGAUCGAGAAGAAAAUUGAAGAGAAUAAAAUGGGACGCGGCGUGCGCCACGACAGAGUGGAACGAGUGCCAAAGUGGAGCCGGGAACAGUUUUUGGCACGGCAAAUAAAAAUGGAAAAACGCGGCCGCGACCCGAUGGAGACCGACAGCAAGUACACGGACAUCGACACGACACUGAAAAACAUCGAUCGCAAGAUCAAGGAAGGCAAUCUGCUGGGCCACAACAAGGUGUCGGCGAUGGCCGAGCAGUUCGCCAGCAAAAAUCAGGACAGCGCGUCGGCUUCGAGCGAGCCGAAAGUUCAGAGAUCGAACUCCAAAGUGGCGUUGGCGCUGCCUGCUCAAGGUGGUUCAGAAAUGUGCCAUUUCUGCGAGAAACGAGUCUAUCUAAUGGAAAGGCUUACUGCAGAGGGUAAAUCGUUUCACAGAGGAUGCUUCCGGUGCGAGUACUGCUCUACUUCGCUUAGAAUAGGAAAUCAUACGUUCGAUAGAGAUAAAAAUGGAGGUCGCUUCUAUUGUACUCAACACUUUGGUUUGCCUGGAACGAUGAAAAGUCGAUCUGAAAGGCGGAAACUCGCUCUUGUCAAUAAAGAAAACAUACCACAAACGUCGAAUACUCACAAAACUCCGGAUAAACCGAAAACUUCGAUAGAAGGUAUAUCGGGUCUCGAUUUGCUCGAUCGGGGUCAAACUCCCGAGAGAAUCGAGUUUGAAAAUCUUGCUGGUGUAUCGGAUAACGACGACGCGCACAGCAUAAUGGAUGAGGAUGAAUGGACCGAUAGGAAUUUCGGCCAGUCCGCCGCUGAAAUGGGAUCCAGCGACGAUAUCUCCGAUUUGAGUGACUCGGAAGACGACAAUGAGGUGUACGAAGAGGCAAUGGAUCAACCCCUCACCACCGAAGGUACUCUGGAGUUGGCGAAAAAUUGGACUUUGAGGUACUCGCAUCCUCCGCAUCCAGCUGCUGGAAAUUCCGACACUGGUAGCAACGAGUACGAGGAUUCCAGUGACGAUUACACAACUUCUGCGGAGGAAGACAGCGAGACGGCCACCGACGACGAGGAGGACGCCCGAGCCCGUGAGCUGCGCAAACAGGAGGUAUACUUGCCUGUGCCGCUGCGAAACUCCGACACCGAGACCGGCUCCGAUACCGAGGUGAAACUUCUUCUAGGAAAUAAUGUAACGAUUGCGAAUGGCAACGAAAAUUACGACGGCCCACCGAUCGAUACCACUAGUGUCACGAUCGCCUCGGACGAUGGAUCGUCGACUUCGAGCUCGUCGGAGGAGGACGACGACGACGAGGAGGACGAGAGUAUGGAAAAUUCGGCCACGGAAAUCUCGACGGACUCGGAGUUCGAGCACGACGGCACGACACCCACGCAGUCGAAUCACCACCCCUUCGUGCGCAAGACUAGGGGUGAUUACGUCGAGCCAAAGAAAGUGCAGAUCAAGAGUCGAGUUAUCAAGACUGGUACAACCAACGGUAAUUCCACGGAGAAGUGCGACAAUGGCAGUAAUCAGCAGUUGUCGCGUCAACAGCAGCAGUGCUCGAAGCUCAACGCUCUCAACGAGUCGACGACUUCGCGCUCCAUUCGAGACAUCAGCAACAACGAGCUCAAUUCUAAUACCUUAACUACCGUCAAUUCCAAAGUCAUCAAUACGACUCCGCUGAUCAAUCCGCGCAAAGGCGACUACCUCCUCAAUCGUACCCACUCGACGGAGGGCAUAGCGUCAAAAUUGUCACUGGAAUUGAAGAAGCGUUACCUGCUCGGUGGUACCGGUCUGGGUAGUUCCAUCUCGAAAUCGGGAUCAACCUCGAACGUCGACACGAGGUUGAGAAAUCUCAGCGACGCCAUAUCGCAGCAUCAGAAAUUGCUGAAUCCGGCGCCCGAGCCGAGCCCGACGAUGCAGGCCUUCUUGCACAACACCGCUACGAGCAAGCUCAGAGUCGCUGCCAAUAAUCAGCAGGCGCUCUCGCCGCUUUCGCCUAAUGCGGCCUUCAACAAAGCCGAGACCAAAAACUUCACAUUCGAGAAUAAGACUACAAACGAUGCCGAUCGUAACAAUGCCAAAAACGUUCAAUUACCGGAUUUGAUCAAAGAAACGAACAAGCUCAAAGAGCUCGAGAUCAAGCUGCCGCCUCCACUGCCGAAAUCGGCCAUACCCGAGGAAAAACUUUCGCCGAUGUGCGAGUCGGCCACGACGGCCAAGAGUCCCGAGGCCACUUCGCCAACGAAAAUCGAGACACCUACGCCCACCGUCGAGACGAAGAAUUUCGAGCCAGCGUCGCCUCGCGUGAACGGUGCCAUCAUCGUCAAUAAUCGUAACGCUGAAAAAAUCGCCAGUCCCAUCGCCGAGACCGUUAUGACCUCCAACGAUUGGAGCAGCAAGAAGAAUCGAGAGGCGCCUCCAGCCAUCGGUAGCGACGAGUCCGAUGAAAUCGACAGCGAUUCCCUGUCGUCGAGCGACGUCGACAUCCUCGACGACGACGACAUCGAGGCCGUCGUAGAUAACAAGCAGCGCAAGAGAGGAGCCCACGUGCCGCCCAAGUUUCAGAUUCUCACGAACGAGGACAGUCCGCCGGAGAAGCUCAUCGAGGACGUGACGAAUUUCGAGCCCGACUCCAUCGAGUGCUCGAAUCUGCUCGAGGAUGUGCGCAGUCUCGAACAGAAGGAGAAAGAGAUCGACGCCGUGAACAGUAGCUUGAAGCAACUGCAGCUCGCCCAGGAGGCCGCGGUCGCCGCCGGUCAGCAGCAGCAGCAGCAGCAGCAGCUGCCCAGAAGCGCGAGCUCGAACUCGAGCAGGAACUCGACGACCGAGGAGAACGAUCCCACGACGGCUGCCUACACCGAGACCGAGUUCUCCGAGUGGGCGCGCGAUGGCGAUGAUCUCGUCUCCGAGGAUCUGCGCGACGUCGAGUACGACAUGAAUCCCGAGUUUCAGGGCAAAGGCAAGCGGCCGUCGCUGCAGAGCAAGCAGAGCUGCUUGGCCAAUGGCGAGGACGAUCUCACCGAUGUCGAGUUCGAUUACUCGCGCGAGGACGUCUGCGUUACACAUCCAAACACGAUCACCUCGAAGAUGCUGGUAAACGGUGGUGACAUCGGCUUCAUGGACACUGACAACGACAGCAAUCUCGAGGAGGACAGUCUCAAGGAGUCAUCGAAGCAGGUCAAUCGCGGCUACGUUGAGUUCGUGAGCAUGAAGAACUCGCCCACAGCCGCCAAAAGACCGACGGACGCGCCCAUUGCCAAAGCCGACCGAGAGUACGGCGAAGACUCGUCGGAUCUGCAGACCCCCUGCAACGAGAACAACGUCAUCGAAUUCGAUCCAGUGACGAUGGACGACGUGAGGCACAGAUUGAGGCCGCAACAGCAGCCACCCGUAACGGACAUCAAAGUUACCGAGUGCGAGAAUAUCGACAUGGUCAACAAGGACAUGAUGAGCCUGAGCAUGGAGGAGGACAGUUUGCUGAUCGUCGAGCAGACGGAGGACACCACGACGAGCGAGGUCGUUACCGUGCUAGCUAGUCCGAGAGAUCCGGUGAAGAGCAUCGUGAAGAAUAACGCCACUCCGGAAGAAACCCCGACCGAGCCCACUAAGACACCGGAAUUUCCACCGUCUGACGUGCCGAGAGCACCGCUCGAGCACAACGAGGACACGGAUCCGGACUAUCUGGAGUACGUGAAACGGCUGCAGGAUCGAAUCGCCGAGUUCGGCAACGUCAAGGACUCGCUGGAUCUGCGCAAGUCACGUCGCAAGACGCCCAGAGCCUCGCCGCUGCAGACGCGCAGCAACACCGUCGAUCAGCAGCAUCAGCAGCACGAGUCGUCUCCGCCUUCUCAGACGACCAACGAGAACACGACGAGCAGCUCGAACGGAGGUGGAGGAUCCAAGUCGCCGGCUACCUCGCGGAAACUCGAGGAGCUGACUCGCGAGCGCACCAAGCAGAAGAGUCUGGUGCAGGAUCUGCUGAUGGAAAAGCUGGAGGCGCAGAAAGCGAGAUCGGCCGAGAAGCGCGCCAAGAGACAGGCCGCGAGGACGGCGAGCUUCAAUAAUUUGAGCUGCAUGAGAGCUCCUCCGACGCCGACGAUGAUGGCCGACGGUGGACUGGAUAAUGGAGAUAUGAUGGUCGUGAGGGCUGUCAAGGCCACCGUAGAGCCGAGCGACACAGUUGAAGCGAAACCAGCAAGACCGUCGAUUCUUCGAACACCCUCGCAGCUGAGCACUGCUGAUCUUCGUAACAACGAACGCAACGCCUCGAUGACACCCGCCUCUCGAUCGUCGCCCAGCACACCUCAAGGUAAUCUCGAUUUCAAGACGCCCGUAGCACCGAUCCGGCGCAUCAAGCACGAGGACGCUCUGUCGACCGCCGAAAAGGCGCGUUACGAGGCGCGAGAACGAGCGAGACUCAAGAGCGACGAGGAUCUUGGCCUCAGUCCCGAGGAUCGAUUGAAGCAGCUGCGCAUGAAGAUCAAUCGGCGUCCGCUGAAGCUCGAGAUGGAUGACGAUCCUCAGGCAAAAGCUGCCAAACGAUACAGUUUCGGCCUUUACAACAAAUCGCCUACGAGCAAACUGCCGACGAGCAAGAGUACCGAUAACGUCAAGGCCAUUACCAAGAGUCAAGAAAUCACGGCGAAGAGUCUGGAUGAAUUGUUGGUCUCGCCGGACGACGUCGUUGUCAAGCGGGAAAAAAAGAAGUCCAAGGAUCCCGAGAGAAGAAAGAGCAUUAUUCAAGCCGUGUCCGAUUUCUUCAAAAAGUCGCCACCUGGAAAAGAUGGAAAGGAGGGAAAAGAUGGCAAUCACAAAUUGUCCAUGUUCAGACUGACCCCGAAGGGCAAGGAUAAGAGCAAGUUGUUUAAAUCGUAUUCGGAUGGGUCAGAUCUUGACAAAACAGGAACAUCUCCAUUGGAUAAACGACCGAAGAGUGUGUGCGAGGGUAUGUUGCACAUCGGUAACUUCUCGAUCGACUCUCUGCCUUCACCACCGCCCGUACCACCUCCGCCGAUGGACUACAUCUUACCAUCUAACGCUUACGAAGACAGUCUAUCGGACGAGGACUCGAAAACUGCAAUGCUUUCGAGCUCGCAACAGGUGCUGAAAAACGCGAACGGCACCGACGGUUCGAGCAACAGCAUAUCUCGCCGAUACAAGAACGCCAAAAAAUUGGCGAGGCAGGCGCAGCUCAAACGUCUGCGAAUGGCCCAAGAGAUACAGCGCAAACUGGAGGAGACGGACGUCAAACAGCGCGAGCUCGAGAGUCGCGGGGUGAGCGUGGAAAAGUCGUUGAGAGGCGAGGGCGAGUCGUCGGAUCGCGAGGAGGCCGAUCUGCUGCGCGAAUGGUUCGACCUGAUGCGCGAGCGGACCGAGUUGCGAAGAUACGAGAAGGAGCUGCUGGUCAGGGCUCAGGAGGUGCAGCUGGAGGAUCGUCACGAUCGACUGCAGCAGGAGCUGAGGGAACGAUUGGCCGACGAUGAUGGGAAGAAAACAAGCGCCGAUGUGAAGAAAGAAGGCGAGAUCUUAACCGAGAUGCUAGAAAUCGUUGCGAAACGCGACUCGCUGAUAGCACUGCUAGAGGAAGAACGACAAAGGUAUCGGGACGAAGAUCGAGAUUUCGAAUCCCAAAUGCAGCAGAAAGGUCUUAGUCUAACACCGAGCAAGAUCGGAUCCAAGUAUUCCGUUUAGUACAUUACUCGUAAAAUUGUAAUUUGUGUUCAUUCGACAGAAUCGAACUGAGAAUAAAAUACCCCAUAUUCAUGUUCAUUUUCGAUUCAGUCCAUCAUACACCAUACUGUGUAUUGUCUCGUUGCAAUUAUUUUUCUUUAAAGGAAAUGCGAAAGAAUAACUCUACGUCUAAGUAAAUUUAUUUUUUCACGACGAAUUUAUUACUUUAUAUGUUUUGCGUAUACGAAUGUAUUUUUAUGUCAAAUGAUAGCCAGUCUUUAAAUGUUUAAGAUGAAAAAGAUCAAUGUAAAGGAAGAUGAAAGGUGUUUCAUGCUUUCUUAAUGAGUGAAUUAUAAAUUAGUGAAUUUGUCUGUAGUUUAACACUGUCUCUUUUUACGAAGUAUCGCAGUUCGUACCAGAGAAUAAGAAUGUGUCAUGCGUGCAAAACAAAAAUGCGGAUAAAGAAAAAAUAUUUUUCUUCCAUGAUAUUGAGCCGAUAAAUGUGUGAUAUGUAUAGUUCAACGAGAGUGUCUAUAUUUUUUAUGUUCGUUAAGGAAAAAAAAGAGACUGGUAGCGUUAUAAUAAGAUAAGUACGAAGGGAUAUUGAAACGUUGUAAAUUAUGGUUCGAAAUGAUCAAUUAAGUCAUUGCAUAGUCAAUUUUUUACGCGAAAAAUCAUGUUGAGAGUAUUUUUAAUGAUAUGACGUGUACCAUCCAUUCAAUGAUUAUAUAUCUAUUUAAAUUUCACGGUACAACCAGCGUAUCUAUGAAAAUCUUAUUCCUUCAGAAUUUUUAUGCAAUUAAAUUCAUUUUUGCAGGUGUGUUACAGCUUGAAAUAAUCAUUUUGCGCACUGCCAAAUUUCGGUUUUGCAUUUUGUCUGUAUUUAUUGAUUUGAAUUAUAAAGUUUUUAAUGCUAAAAAAUUAAACGGCAUUUAAUUUCGAAAGAGUGCUAGUUAAAAAAAAAAAGAAAAAAGAUGUGAAACAAUCAUGUUCUCAAUCAAAACAUUAAAAUUUUAAGAGAAAAAAAUUUACGAACUUAAUCAUGUGGAAUUUAAUUGUAAUAAAAGAUA